AUGCUAUCAAGAUUGACACCGCCAACUACCACAUUCAAAUCUUUUUUUGGGCAUACCAACACCAACACAAAGAUAUCAAAAUGGAACUGCUAUAUGAUUAAGGACAAAUUCAAUAUCAAGAAUAAGUUGGAAGUGGCCGCUCGAUAUGGAUAUCCAUUCAGGGAAUAUUCCCUGGGUGGCGACGAGGAUGACGAAGAUAGCCCCCGCUUCAAAAGUGAUGGUGGUAGCUAUAAUGAUUGAAUAUUAGAGAUUGAGUGGGGUCAGUUUCGUGGCUCAUAUUAGCAUGAGGAGGAUACUGAGAGGAUAUAUCCAGAGGUCUGCGAUAUACAAUACAGUGGAUAAUCUAGUGGCUGAAUUAAACAUACCCGAAACUAACAAAUAAGCUAAAGUAUGCCGAGUUGCUAAUGUUGUUAAUUGGGAUAGAUGAUGAGCAGUAAUAACGUUAUGCUAGUGUUAUGCGAUUCCUUGCAGCCACAGGAUAAGUAGCAAAUGUAAGUACGGUAAGGCCAAGCUGUAGUUAAAAGAGGCAGUAAUUAAAUGUUCAGAGGGUCUUGUUCACUUCUAUCCUAUGAGGAAACGUGGAGCUCUGAUACUUGUCUUGACUGUGAGUACUAGACGAAAGCAAAUUACGUUAUUUAAAUUUUCAAAUAGCACUGUAUACGUUUAGUCUAUAAUGGAGGCAAAAACUUGAUCCUUUAAAUCGAUUGGAAAUACACUACUGAAAUGAAAACAUUAAUAAAAGAAAUAAUUUAAAAAAUA